CUCAUUGCUGUGUUUUGGUGCGCUACUCGGGAAGUGGCAUUUAGCUCGUUAGCUGCUUGUUUGUUGUGAUUUUUUUAAAUGAUGAAUAAAAACAAAGCGAGCGGCGUGGCGUGGGUGAAACCGGCAGAGCCGUCCUUUCUGAAGAAGUUUAAAAGUGAUGUUGGAUAUAAGGAAGGGCCCAGUGUGGACACAAAGCGCCAGGUGAUGCCGGCUCUGGAUGACGACAGCGGCAGCGAUCGAGAGGACGAGUUACCUCAAGUCGUGGUUUUGAAAAGUGGGGACCUGACUGCAGAGGAGGCGAAGAAGGUCAAAGAUGGGAAAAGUGCUGGAGGUGAUGCAGAGAAAGACGGCGAAGCUCCUCCUGACGGCAAAAUCCUUUUCAAGAAGCCCGCCAAGAGAUCCUCCUCAAACCAGUUCCAGGGGAUCACCGUCAGCUCCAGCAAAAAGAAGAAGAGUGAUGAGAAGAUGGAGAAGAAGGAGACGUCUGGAGUUAAAAUAAAAAACCAAAGCCUCCUGUCGUUUGGAGGGGAUGAGGACGACGAGGACUAAACGGUGAAACGCGAGACUGCCAAGGACAAAAACCACAUGUGGAUUUACAGAAACCUGCUUAAAGAUUUCAAACUACCAGCUGUUCUUCAGCUUGUUUGGUAUUUUAAAGAUGAUCUCAUUUAAAAGACUGCACAUACGUCCUAUUGUUUUUGUUGUAAACAUGAACUCCUAACUAUAAAUCAGUUUUAUCAACUGUCCC